GAGAGAGAGAGAGAGAGACAGAGAGAGAGACUGAGAUUUCGUAUUUAUAUACAGACAGAUCAACAGGAGUUAUAUAGAGACAGAAACAUUUCUACAGAGAGAGAGACAGAGGGAGAGGGAGAGAGCAAAGGAGCGAGCAGAAACACACAAACAUAUAUAUAUAUAGCUGUAUCUAUAUUAUCUGGAUCUAGAUCUCCUCAACGCGCCUCCUGAAUGCGAUCGGUGACGACGAAUAUGGCCGGUCGAGCACGGGCUCCUCGUCAAUUUCACGUUUGGAUCUCCGUAUCUCUCCUCUUCUUCUUCCUCCGCCUCGGUCAUUCCUUCUACCUUCCUGGCGUCGCGCCUGAAGAUUUCCAGAAGGGGGAUCUUUUGAAGGUGAAAGUUAACAAGCUCACGUCUACAAAGACACAGCUUCCAUACUCUUACUACUCCAUUCCUUACUGCAAGCCAAAUAAGAUAGUUGACAGUGCAGAAAAUCUUGGUGAAGUUCUUCGUGGUGAUCGCAUUGAAAACUCUCCUUAUGUGUUUAAAAUGAGAGAGCCUCAAAUGUGCAAUGUUGUUUGUCGUGUAACUCUUAAUGCAAAAACUGCAAAGGAAUUUAAGGAAAAGAUAGAUGAUGAGUAUCGGGUGAACAUGAUUUUGGAUAACCUUCCUCUGGUUGUUCCUUUGAAAAGACUGGAUCAGGACUCUGUUGUGUAUCAACAUGGAUACCAUGUUGGUCUGAAAGGAUUGUAUGCUGGGACCAAGGAGGAGAAGUAUUUUAUUCAUAAUCACUUGACUUUCACAGUUAAGUUUCAUAAGGACCCACAGACAGAAACUGCAAGGAUUGUAGGAUUUGAAGUCAAACCAUUCAGUGUUAAACAUGAUUAUGAAGGCAAAUGGAGUGACAAUACCCGUUUGACAACUUGUGAUCCCCAUGCAAAACGGACAGUUAUCAAUUCAGAAUCACCGCAAGAGGUCGAAGAUAAGAAAGAAAUUAUCUUCACAUAUGAUGUUGAGUUUCAAGAGAGUGAUGUGAAGUGGGCGUACAGAUGGGAUACCUAUCUUCUGAUGGCUGAUGAUCAAAUUCACUGGUUUUCAAUUGUCAAUUCAUUGAUGAUUGUCCUUUUCCUUUCGGGCAUGGUGGCCAUGAUCAUGCUGCGGACACUGUACCGUGAUAUAUCCAAGUACAAUCAGUUGGAGACCCAGGAAGAAGCCCAAGAAGAGACAGGAUGGAAGCUGGUUCAUGGAGAUGUUUUUAGACCUCCUGUAAACUCAGAUCUCCUCUGUGUUUAUGCUGGUACAGGCGUUCAGUUCUUUGGGAUGAUACUUGUCACCAUGAUGUUUGCAGUUCUUGGGUUUCUCUCACCUUCAAACAGAGGUGGCUUGAUGACCGCCAUGCUUCUUCUGUGGGUCUUCAUGGGCCUUUUUGCUGGAUAUGCUGCUGCCCGUCUCUACAAGACGUUUAAAGGAGCGGAAUGGAAGAAUAUUGCUCUCAGGACAGCUGUCACCUUCCCUGCCAUUGUCUUCGCCAUCUUCUUUGUGUUGAAUGCUCUAAUUUGGGGUCAAAAAUCUUCAGGGGCUGUGCCAUUCGGCACUAUGUUUGCUCUCGUAGUCUUAUGGUUUGGAAUCUCCGUACCUCUUGUUUUUGUUGGCGGUUAUGUGGGCUUCAGGAAGCCUGCAUUGGAAGAUCCAGUGAAAACCAACAAAAUCCCUAGACAGAUACCCGAACAGGCCUGGUACAUGAACCCAGUCUUCUCCAUCCUCAUUGGUGGCAUCCUCCCAUUUGGAGCUGUAUUCAUCGAGCUAUUCUUCAUCCUGACCUCCAUCUGGUUGCAGCAAUUCUAUUACAUAUUCGGUUUCCUCUUCAUCGUCUUUGGCAUCCUGGUUGUCACUUGUGCCGAGAUCACAAUCGUGCUCUGCUAUUUCCAGCUCUGCAGCGAGGACUACCUUUGGUGGUGGAGGUCGUACCUCACUUCAGGAUCCUCGGCGCUUUACCUCUUCCUUUAUGCCGCCUUCUAUUUCUUCACGAAGCUUCAGAUCACGAAGCCAGUGUCCGGGAUCUUGUACUUCGGCUACAUGUUGAUCGCCUCCUAUGCCUUUUUCGUGCUCACCGGUACGAUUGGUUUCUACGCAUGUUUCUGGUUUACGAGGCUCAUCUAUUCUUCUGUGAAGAUUGAUUAAGCGGUGCUUCCUGAAGGUAAAUUGCUGAAUUUAAUAUAUAUCAUCUUCAGGAUGCACGUAAGCUGGACAUUCAGCCCACCCCCAAAAAAUGUCCCUGUAAUUUCGGUUUUAAUCUUUAGAUUUUCCUUUUCAUUUUGUUCUUUUUAAUCUUCUUCCCUCCCAAUACAGGCUCGUUGGCCCUAGUAGUUCUUCAUUUUUGUUUUUUUGGUUUGCUUUUUAGGUCACAUCUUAUUUCCUCCAACUGUUGUUCUCUUCUGUAUUCAGACAUUAUGAGAGGAGGUGGAAGCAAAUUCCCCCUCCUCAAGUGAUGAAAGGAAAUCUUCUUCUCUUUGAUAGACAA